UGCGGCAACAGCGCCCUGAGCCACGACCUGCACGAGUUGGGCUACACCGACGUCACCAGCAUCGACUUCUCCCCCGCUUGCAUCGAGGCCAUGCGCGCCCGCUACGCCCGCUGCCCCGGCCUGCGCUGGGCCGUCAUGGACAUCCGCGCCCUCGCCUUCCCCGACGCCGCCUUCGACGUGGUGCUGGAGAAGGGCACCCUCGACGUGCUGAUGGUAGAGGAGACCGACCCGUGGGACGUCUCGCCCCAGGCGGCCGCCGCGAUGCACCGGGUGCUGGCGGAGGUGAGCCGGGUGCUGCGCCCCGGGGGCUGCUUCAUCUCCAUCACCUUCGCCCAGCCCCACUUCCGCAAGCCCCACUACGCCCAGGAGGCCUUCGGCUGGUCCCCGCGCACCCCAAAAACCAGCCGGCGCCUGGGAGGAACAGAAAGGAGCAGGCGGCUGCCGGCCUCGCCUCGCCCUGGCCCCUGGACCUGGCUGGCUCCUGGACAUGAUGAUGAUGAUGAUGAUGAUGAUGAUGAUGACGACGACGACGACGACGACACAGGCACAGGCUGGUUGGAAAGGGCCACCCUGUCAUGGGGCAGCCCUGUUCCUGCUGCUCUCUCGCAUCUAGACCCCACUGCUCGUCCUUUUGUCCGACACAAAGCUGGCUCCAGAGGGAAGAAGGGGCUGUGGGAGCAGGAAGCAGGUGGCUCUUCCUGCCCUGGCUCCUUAAACCUGUGCCGCAGCCCCUGA